GAAUUGUCUAUCUGUGUAAUAAUGAGCGAACAAUCAAAUGGUACAUAUUGAAAACCUGCUCGUCAUCUUGAUGACUGUGUAGCGACAAAAUUUCGAUAUUUAAAGGAUUUUAUUCUGUGAAACAACUCUCAAAAAGUUGUUGCAGUACUGAUCAACCAUGAAAAUCUGCGUCACAAAUAUCGCUGGAGAUGUGUUCACCAUGGAAGUGAGCCCCGAGUUGGAACUGCUGAACUUCAAAGCUCUGUGCGAGUUUGAUUGUGGGGUGUUGAGUCAGCAGUGUGCGGUAAUUCACAAUGGAGUGUUAUUGAAAGACCCAAACAAGACACUUGGAGCUUACGGAGUCAAAGAUGGCGAUAUGAUAUUGCUACAACAAACCCAGCAACUACCUUCCCCACAACAAGGUAAUCCUGGAUUGCUGAAUCUUGACUUCAGUCAGAUCCAAGUUCCUGGCUCAUCUCAACAGCCAAGACAGCAGUCACAAUUGCCAUCCUUACAGCAAGCCCAACAGCAAGCAGCAGCUAGUAAUGAGACUGAUCCAGCUAAAAUAAGAGAAAUGCUCUUGUCAAAUCCACACCAGUUGUCACUGCUUAAGGAGCGCAAUCGCCCUUUAGCAGAUGCACUCUUGAGUGGAAAUCUUGAAUUGUUUUCAGAAGUCUUGGAGAAACAAAGGAAAGAACGAGCAGAGAGAGAAUUAAUGCAAAUACGAAUGAUGAAUGCAGACCCCUUUGAUCCCGAUGCUCAACAGCAAAUUGCAGAAACUAUUAGAUUGAAGAAUGUUGAGGCUAACAUGGAAACAGCAAUGGAGCAUGCACCAGAGAGCUUUGGUCAAGUAGUCAUGCUAUAUAUUGAUGUCAAAGUCAACAGUCAUCCUGUGAAAGCUUUUGUAGAUUCUGGUGCCCAGAUGACUAUUAUGAGCCAAGCCUGUGCUGAGAGAUGUAACAUAAUGCGUCUGGUUGACAAACGAUGGGCGGGCAUUGCAAAAGGGGUUGGUGUACAAAAAAUCAUCGGGAGAGUACAUUUAGGACAAAUCCAAAUUGGACCAGAUUUCUUACAGUCAUCAUUUGCUAUCCUUGAGGAUCAGCCUAUGGACAUGCUUCUAGGACUUGAUAUGCUCAAACGGCAUCAGUGCUGUAUAGACCUUAAGAACAACAUUUUGAAAAUAGGCACCACAGGAACAGCAACACCAUUUCUGGGUGAGGCUGAGCUACCGGCUUGUGCCCGAUUAAAUCAGUCUGAAUCUUUAGAGAAGACCUCAAUUGAAACUGAAGACAAACAACUCGCAGAAGCCCUGACCAGAUCGGCUCAAGACAUUGCAGGACCAAGUACAUCUUCCUCAGAGACUCAGGACUCUUUACAGUCAUGUCCCUUCCCUGAAUCAACUAUAGGUGAGCUCACAGCCAUGGGUUUCCAACGAGAUGAGGUUAUCACAGAGCUUAGAAAACAAAACGGAAACAAGCAGAUGGCCAUGGCUGCUCUGUUUGCCAAGAAUUUAAAACUUCCAGGUCAAUAAUUGCCAGCACUGGCUGCCAGGCCAUUUAAGUUUGUAAUGAAAAACCUUUGUACAGAGAAUAUUGGAAACUAUUGAAUUCACACGACUGAAAACAAAUUGAAACAUUGUGUAUGUCAUGAAAGUGCAUUGUUAUGUGCAUUGUUAUGUUCCUGUAAUGUUUGCUGUUUUGUUAAUUGGCGUAACUGCAUGUGAUUGUCUUGAAAUGCAUAUGUGGCUUGCAUUUGAAGACGUAUUUAGUUCCUUCAUUUAAAAAUGAAAAUAAAACAUUUGUUCCAAAUUUUGUUUGAAUUUUAAAUGGGACAUAAUACCAUUUUAAAGUUUUUCUGACAUACGAUUGAACCCUUCUUAACAUGUUCAGAAAACCUUUUAAAUGAUGGCACAUAUAACAUACAUUUUAAAUACUGUACUGUGCUAGUUUGCAGAAUGGUUCCAUUUCAUUGAGUUUCUGUACCAGAGAUACGUUGGCUAAGCGUAGACAUAUUUUUGCUAAGCAAAAACAACUUCCCAUCCCAAAUAGUAUUUCAUUACAUCUAGUACUUAGGUCUCAGCUCUGUUUGGCCUAGCACAAUAUUAUUUCAAUUGUAAUUUCAAUAUUUCCUUCUCAUCAGCUUUAUGAAAGUAGGCCCAGAUGUUAAACCUUGAGCUUUGUAAUUAUACAGUUCUUGGUUAGUGUACAGAGUACAUCACUCUAGCAUCCCUGUACAUUUAUAUUGUAAGCGCUUCUCAGUGUGCUCAUCAAGGAUCCCCAAACCAUUCCAAACAUUUGAUAAAUACAUGUACACCGCCAGGGCUUUGUGUAUUCAUCUUCUUGCAAUAUUUAUUUAAUCUGGUUCCAUUAUGUCUCACCUGUGAACCCAAACACUGCUGUAGAGUGGCUAGCCGCAAGUUUUUCUACGUACAUUCAGUGUUUUGCAGUUGGCUUCAUGUAAUUCUUGAUGUGAUUAUUUCUGUACUUAGCACUACUUCACUGUGAUGUUGAGCCCAUCCCAACCUGGACUAGUGAUGCAAUGGAAUAAUGAAAAUAUUGUCAAGUUUUCAUGUGGAAACAAACCUUCCUUUCUCUGUCUUUUUGUACCUGAAUACUUGUCAAAAGUGUUAUAGAGUGAAAAUUGUGAAAGUGGUCGGAUGCGUUGACUGGGCUCUUGUGCACGUUUUUCCUGUCAUUUCUCCAUUUGCUAAUUACAAACUCCCUUUUUUUUCUCGUGGUAUGAUUUUCAAACAUUUUUAUUGAUGGGAGCUUUUGCGUGCAGAGUUUUUCUGGACCAGAAGUGACUACAGUGUGGAGGUUUUACAUUUAGAAUCGUGCAGACAGACCAGAUUUCAGCAGUUAUUCAAGGAUCCCUCAAAUUUUCCCCCGAAGCAGUUUAAUGUCAGAUGUUUGUAAACAACAUGACAUUUAUAGAGUAAGUCUUUUCGUACUAUGUGUCGGGUGAUUUUUAAUAUAUGUUUUUGUGCCUUAUUCUGUAUGCAUCUAUCGAAGAGUUUACGAGAUGGAGAAUGUAAUUUGCUUCAUAAAUAUUGUGACAUUCCUAACACCAUUUUGUAUCAAACUGUUUGCUUCACUUCAUUGAUGUCUUUACGGUGGCGAACCUAUACCUGUAAAGGACAACAUAAACUGUUGUGUAAUGCAGAGCCACUUUUCUACAGGAAGAAAUCCUGGGGAGUUCAUACUUGCAUGUACGUAGCUAAACCCAGGCCUGUUCUAAGUCUUCCAGAGAUACAUUGCCGGGGGAGGGGUUAAUGUGUUUCAAAAGGGUUUCAGAGAAAGAAAACGUUCUUCUGGUUGCAUGUAAGCAAAACACGUCUUUGCUCAGAACAUGAUUGUUUCUGUGAGGAACGGUAGAAUUAUUUAUAGCGUUAACUUUUCUCCUUUUUAAACAGUAAUAUUGGCAAGUUGCUGAAAUGUUGUUCAGAAUUUCAAAAGAUUAUAUUUAGAAUGCCUCAAAGUUCUUUGAAAGCAGAAAACUUCGACGGCGUCAUUUAGAUGAAAUGAUUACUCCUAAUAAUGGCUUCUGUGGACGGUAAUUAAAUUCUCUCCUCGACUUGAACCAUACUAAUCGCAUUACGGUUGUUUAUCGUACUUUCCGUAUUCAGAAAGAGGUUAUUUAAGAGCCGAAUAGGGAAGGUACAUUUUGCGUUAUAAAUUGUUGUUUUCAUACGCACAACGUAUUAACCCUUUCCCUAAGAAUGGAAACCAAUGGUGAAUUGGAGAAUUUUUUUUCUUGUUGUGAAGGUAUAAUGCCUUGAGUUUUCCGUGAAGUUUUCUGUAGUUGCUGGACUGCUUGCCGAUUACCUGACGCGUUUGAAGGCCAUACCGAAAAGAUUUACUUUGGCCUUUAAUAAAUCAUCCAUGUCCAGACUGAAAUCACCAA